AGUUUAGUUUAGCUAGUAAAUCCUUCAGAAGUCUUCAGAGAGUCUAUUAAGUCACACAGUUUUUAAAUACUGACAUAUUGUUACUGUUAAAAUUGUAGUUUAAUAGUGAGUUGUAGGCCAGAGGCAACAUUUUUAGGUUUUCAAAAUCAUCAAAAGACACGCCCUUCCUCUUUUGUUUUUAACCCUGCUAUUACAAAAAGUUGAGCACCCUUCAAGAAGAAACAUUUUCAGUAACAGAAUAGUCUAAUAAGAUUUUGAUCAGUAAACCUGACAGAACAGCAAUGAAUGACGCUGAGCCUGCGACAUUUGCUUCUGUUGAACAAGAGAGGGACUUCUGGAAGGAGCAGGCUGCCAAAUACCAGCAAAGGGCUGAGGAGGCGCAGGAGGAGCUGCAGGAGUUUCAGCAGAUGAGUCGAGACUAUGAGGCAGAGCUGGAGACCGAGCUGAAGCAGUGUGAUGCCCGUUAUCGUGAGCUUCUCUCGACCAGCAACAGACUCCGCAUGGAACUAGAAAGUUACAAGGAGAAGUAUGAAACACAACACUCCGAUGCAAUCCGGCAGAUCUCGACUCUAGAAGGAGACCUGGCAGAGACCACAGCCAUCAAAGACCAACUGCACAAAUAUAUCCGGGAGUUAGAGCAAGCCAACGAUGACCUGGAAAGAGCUAAGAGGGCGACUAUAAUGUCACUUGAGGACUUUGAGCAGAGAAUGAAUCAUGUUAUAGAGAGAAAUGCCUUCCUUGAGAGUGAGCUUGAUGAAAAAGAGAAUCUUCUAGAGUCAGUACAGAGAUUAAAAGACGAAGCCAGAGAUCUAAGACAGGAACUGGCUGUUCAGCAGAAACAGGAGCGCAAACCAUCAAUCAGCCUUCCUAAAGAUGUAGAGAAGCCAGAGGCCACACCUGCAAGACCCUCGUCUGUUGUUACCUCCAAGCUCCCAUCUCUCCACGCCACACCCUCCAGACCUCCAGGCUCAGGGACCGCUUUCAACACCCCCUCCGCUUCCUACAGCAGAAUUGAAGGUCUGACUGGAACUCCUCUCACCACAUCUGCAAGGAUAUCUGCCCUUAACAUUGUUGGAGAACUGUUGAGGAAAGUUGGGAACCUUGAAUCAAAGCUGGCAUCAUGCAGAGAGUUAAACAUCCAUGACAAAACACCCAGCCGUGCAGCGAUAAGCCAGGGCACACCGAGCAUUUCACGGGAAGCCCCAGAAAUCCCAUCCAACACAAAUGGCUUGUAUGAUAAAGGGAUGGUGAAACGGUUGGACUUUGGAACGGGACCCAAGAUAAUGCUGUGAAUAAAGUACUAUUCGCUACCAAUGCACAAGCAUGUCUUUUGCUCUCACAUCAUUGGGAAAACAAGUAUGCCUAAACCAUUAAUAUGAAAAUGGUUUAUUUUCUGGAGCUGAAUCAUAUCUUAUGCCCCAAGUCUUCCACUAUCUCAGAAGGGCUCUUGCUUUCACAUUCAUAUCAACUCUGUUAUUGUGUCUGUGGACUGAAACUACUACCUGUUGUUUUACUAUUUUGUUGGAGAUUUGCAUUGUGUUUUGCAGAUGUACUAUCUCUUAAAUUCCCACUGUUUGUUUUUUAUUUUUGUUUGUGUUGUGUUUAGAUAUCUGGUGAUUUAUAGCAGUUUUAAAAUGUAUCCGCACUGUAAUUUUUAUUUGCUCUUUUUGGGGCCAUAAAUAUGGAGACUGUUGCAGGUGCCUGGCAGAUUUACUACUGCAGUACCAUUAUAUUUGGCACUAAACUACUGAUCUGUGUUCAAUGAAACGUCAACUGCACAUGCUUGUUUGUUUACAGGACUGGAGCAAGGUGUAUAUACCAGGUUCAUUUUUAAUUUAGAAAUACUGGAUUGAUUAGAUUUUUUUUUAGAAACUAGCAUUUUAAUGAUAUAUAUAUUAAGUUUGUUACUAACUGAAUGGCAUGUCUUCAGUGUUUCGAUUUGAAAAUUCUAAGGAGGUUGGUGAGAUGUUAUUAGCUUAAGUUGUUGUUCAUUUCGUUGCGUUGUAGGGGCUGGCGUAAGUAACCAACAGUAGCCAAAAUGUUUAUGCAUGAUCCUCUCUGGGGCCUUUUUUGUUUCUAGUGAUUGCUAGUGAACUCCUCAUUUGAACAGUCAGUGCCAUCUUUGUUUUCAAAGAUUACAGUGCUACGGUACUGGAGAGUAGUUGCUGUCAUAUUAUGCGCUGAUCAUGAAUUUAAUGUGCCUUAAUUUUGUGGCCAUAAUAAGCUUUGCUCCAAAGUUAAUUUGGCUAUUGGGGAACUUACUAGCCCGAAGGGAGUUGCAGCUUCUCUCGCUAUUCUUCCCAAUGUAUUAAAUCUCUGAUAUGUCAGGGAUUCCAUGAAGAGGAGAAAUUGAAUUCUGAUUGGAGUUGAAUCGCUUAGUUUUCACAUUUCUCUUUGAAGUGUAGAUUUAAAUAACAAGCAAUAUGAAUACUUCAGUGAAGGGUACAGAUAUUUUUAUGUUAAAAAUAGAAAUGUAAGGAAGACUUGAUACAUUAUAUUAUCCAUUUUUUCCUAGAGGUACUAAUGAAAAAUGACAGAAAUAGAGUAUGAUUGUUGAUGGAAGAAUUUAUCACACUUGAUCGUACCAUCUCAGGGCUUCAUUUAAGCAAUAACCUCACUCAAGAAGUCAUUAUAGUUCAAAUUCUGUCAAAUAUUUGUCUCUGUAUGCACAAGACAUGCACAGUUGCUAAUUAUUGUCAUUAUGGGUUUUCUUUGUUAUUAAUGAACCUUAACAUCUGCAGUGUCCAUGCAUUCAUCAGCAAAGGCAAUGCUUAAGUUUAUCCUGUCUGUAAAACCAUUUCAUUGUUGGUUAAUCCAAAACCAUCACAAUAAAUGUGUAGUUAACAGGA